AACCAAAUCAACUACCUAUAAAAACCCUCAACAACAUCACUACACCAUUUCCAAUUUCCAUCGGAGCUUUCAUUGGAAGGUUCUUCCGAUUAUACAUUGACGUAAACUCGAACAGUCUACAGGCGGUACCACCGCCUGAGGCAUUAGCUCCUCUCGACGGACGACCAAGCGGCGGCCGCCCCAGACCCUAAAUUCCUCCGGUGCAACUGUCUGAGGAUUGCCAGAAGAUACGAAAGAUGGUGGCUUUUACGUUGCCUCAGAACUCUUCCAUUCCACUAAGAUCUUCUUCGCUGCCUCGGAAAACCCCAUAUCUCAACAGGAUUUCCCAGUUGCUUCCUGUAAAUGGUGUUACCUUAUGUGGUGUGCAAUUAAAGGAAACUACAGUUGUUCCAAGACUAUGCCAUGCUAUCUCCGAGAAAAAUUCUUCAAGCGCGUUGGGUGUCUUUGCCAAAAAUAACAAUCCCAUAAUUGUCAUCGACAAUUAUGACAGCUUCACUUAUAACCUUUGCCAGUAUAUGGGAGAGCUGGGAUGCAACUUUGAGGUUUAUCGAAAUGAUGAGCUUACUGUGGAUGAACUGAGAAAGAAAAAUCCGAGAGGAAUUCUUAUAUCUCCUGGACCAGGUGCACCACAAGAUUCAGGAAUAUCAUUACAAACUGUACUGGAACUUGGACCUGAUAUACCUUUAUUUGGUGUAUGCAUGGGAUUACAGUGCAUUGGUGAAGCUUUUGGAGGGAAAAUCGUACGCUCUCCUUCUGGUGUUAUGCAUGGAAAAAGUUCACUGGUUUACCAUAAUGAGGGAGGCGAAGACGGUUUGUUUGCAGGCAUAUCAAACCCAUUUACCGUUGGUCGAUAUCAUAGCCUUGUGAUCGAGAAGGAGAGCUUUCCUAGCGAUCAACUUGAGAUAACAGCAUGGACAGAGGAUGGACUAAUAAUGGCUGCUCGUCACAAAGUGUAUCGCCAUUUGCAGGGCGUACAGUUCCAUCCAGAGAGCAUUAUAACGACGGAAGGGCGGACGAUCGUUCGUAACUUCAUCAAACUGAUAGAGACCAAGGAAGCUGUUUCUGGAAACUAAAAUCAGUGUUUUCUAAUGAAAGGCUGCCUGCUAAAAUAUUAAACAUCUUUACUCCUUUUUCUGUGAGAGAACUGGUUUUCACAUUUUGGUCAUUAAACUAAGUACUAUACUACCAUAUCAUAUCUAAGUUAAAGGCCUCGUUUUUGGUGGGUUCUAUUUCUAUACAAUAAUUUUGGUU